UUGUUAAUGGGUAAUGAAGUAAACAAAUUCACCCACUCUCAGUCCCACUCCCUACGCCACGUACUUCCUCUGUCUUUACUCUUUGUCUUUGUACUUUGUACUGUGUAACAGGGGAGAGAGACUGGGAGAGAGACUGAGAGAGAGAAUCGAGGGAUCCAUUUUCAUUUCGAGAAACACAGAAAAAAAUGGAUGAUGGAAGCUGUGCAGUGUGCGCUGAAACACUAGAGUGGGUUGCUUACGGAGCUUGCGGACACAAAGAUGUAUGCGCUAUCUGCAUCGCUCGCCUUCGAUUCGUCUGCGAUGAUCGCCGCUGCUGCAUUUGCAAGUCUCUCUCCUCUUCCGUCUUCGUCACCAGGGCAUUAGGAUCUCUCACAAGAGUAAUAAAUGACUUCUCGGUUCUUCCAGUUGAUGCUAAAGAUGGUAAGGUGGGUUCAUAUUGGUUUCAUGAGGAUACACAAGCAUACUUUGAUGAUUUUGAUGCAUACAAGAUCAUCAAAGCUAUGUGUAGGCUCUCAUGCAAUGUUUGUGACAAGUUGGAGGCAGUUGGGAAUAAAAAAUCUAAGAAAAGAGGCAAAUUCAAGAGUGUUGAGCAGCUCAAAGAUCAUUUCUCUCGUCAACAUGAACUUUUCUUUUGCAAUCUCUGUCUAGAAUACAAAAAGCAGGUUUUCAUGUCUGAGCAGAAGCUUUAUAGUCGAGUUCAGCUAAGACAGCAUAUACGCUAUGGUGAUUCAGAAGUUGACGGCAGUGAAAAUGAAAGAUGCGGAUUUUCUGGACAUCCAUUAUGCGAGUUCUGCCAGAUUCCAUUUUAUGGUGAUAAUGAACUUUACUUCCACAUGUCUACUGGACAUUAUACUUGCCACAUAUGCCAGAGGCAGCAUUUUGCUCGAUUUGAUUACUACAAGGACUAUAAUGAUUUGGAGGUUAGGUUCUUGUAUCACUUGUCAAUUUCAUUGCACUUUAAUUUGGUUAAUGAUUUAACUGUUGGAAAAGUGCAUAUCUCUCAGAACCACUUUCGUGAAGAUCAUUUUCUUUGUGAGGAUGACACAUGCCUUGAGAAGAAAUUUGUUGUUUUCCUGACAGAAGCUGACAUGAAGAGGCAUAGUGCGUUGGAGCAUGGUGAAAACAUGUCUCGUUCAAAACGCAAAAUUGCAUUGCAGCUACAUACAGGCUUUCGUCAUCAGGGAAGGGAGGAGGAAGGUCAUCGUGUCAGAGCACAUGUUUCUUUUUCAGGCGCAUCUAACCUUCAACUAGUUUCUACUAGUUCAGUUUAUAGUGAAAGGGCCAGCUCGAAUAGACUGCAUGAUACUUCAUCAGUUGUGCAAGCAAUUCCUGGUCCCAGGAGGCCUAGUGAAAUUAGUGCUACUGCCAUUAGUGUGCCAUCCUCAGGACAACUUCAAGGAGCUACGUUGGACUUCAGGAGUGUACUUCUGAGUGAUUCUGAUUUUCCUUCACUGCCUAAAUCUUCAAAGAGACGGCGGCGUAAAUCCAAGAAGUUGGAGGAAAUUGGUACCAGUCACACUCCAGCAGGCAGUCCAUCCCAGUGCAGGUCGUUAGAUGCAGGAUAUUUGUCGCAUUCUCGUCCAUCCAUUUCACCUCUACUUGGACCUUUGGCAGUGCGUCACUCAUCCUCUAGCUCGGCGAACUCCUAUAAUCUGCUAACUUCAUUAUCUGAUGGCAAUACUUCUGCUGGCUCUACAGCUUCACGGACAGAUAGUAUUGAAGCUGUGGGCCCAUCUACAUUAGCUCCUAAGCUCAUAAAUGAAGGAUCUGUAUGCCCUUCUACAUCUAAAGAGGGUACACUGAAAGAAGAUGACAUCCGAGCUGCUAACAAGUCUCUGGUUGGGAGAAUAAGUGCUUCCCUAGAAUUUGACAAAGAUAAAUAUGCCGCCUUCAAAUUAAUCUCACAAGAAUUUCGUGAGGGUGAGAUUGAUGCUGGAGAAUACUUUGGGUAUAUCCAUCAAUUUGGCCUUGCACAUCUUAUUUCUGACUUGGCUAGACUUUGCCCUGAUCAACAGAAGCAAAAGGAGCUCAUGAAAAUUUAUAAAAGCAGUUUGGGAGACACUUACAAAAUAGGGCUAAGGAAAGAGUGUGGUAAAACAACUGUUAGUAAGCAUUCUAAGAAAGGAAAGGAAAAGUGCGAAGAUUCUAGCAUCAGCGGUAAAGAAAAGUUGCCAGAUAGCAUUGCAAAUCAUUUCAAGGAGCUGAAGUUAAAUGCUAAGACUCCAAAGGAGGAACCUCCCUCAUCGAAGUUGAAACAUUUAGCCAAAGGAAAAUCCCAGGCUUCAGUUGAAGAUGUGGGUCAUCCUAGUGGAGGUGGCUCUUGCAAUUCAUCUGGACCAGCUUCAACAGGAGGCAAAAAGAAAAAGAAGAAACAGUUGAAGUUCCUUAAGACUCGUCUUGAUGAAAGUUCAGCAUCGGUGGUUGAAGAUCUAAGCUGUUGUGACUUGGCCUCUGAUCUGAUGGUGGUUAGACCUGAUCAGGACUCAAUUCUGGCUUCAGUGCGUGGGGUUUGGCGAAAUAAUGGGGGCAGGAGACUGGUGACUAUGAGUCAGGCUUCACCCUCGUAUCAAUGAACUAUCCUGGGAAACUUGAUGCAGAGCAGCAAGUUAUGGAGAAGAGCAAUACUGUAUGGAGAUUAUUUUUGACGGCUUCUUUUGUAAUCCUCAUUUUGCAGCACUGCGGGGAGCUGUUACGGAUCAUGUUAAAGAAUGCUGUGGCUCUCAUUUUGUGUAUAUAGGGAAGAGCCCAAUCUGAUGGACAGGUUGGUGUAGCCGUGUAGCUGUAGACAUAACACUUAAAUGAUACCCGCUGUAUACCAAGAUAAUCACACACUACUCGUUAUUAGGCGUUGCUUAUGCUACGCUGAAUCUGGAUUAUGUUGUGGAUUUAUGCUAUCCUCUAGUUCAUCUGUAGGGAGGUGCUGCUGAACUUAGCUUUGGUGUCUUCUGGCGCCUUA